AUGUUCCACAGGGCAUUCGUCAGUUCAAGUGAUUUAACGGGCUGUACGAUAGCGCUUUCAAGCGUUUGCACGCAGAAGAGGUACUGGGCUAAGCCCAAAAAAAGACCGAAAGUCGGUCAAGGUUUUCACGAGAAGGCUCAGAAGUGGCGCGAAGAAUAUCUUCUUGAUAGGCAUCGUGCCCUUGCCGACAGUCUUCGCGCUUAUGUAGAGUUUAGUACCUCUAAGCGCGUGGAACCUUGGGAUGCGCGCUUUAAACCAUUUGACCGUAUCGAGAAGGAUGGUGUUUAUGUGCUUAUGCGUUACAUGAUGGAGGAGAAACUGCAGCUGUGCAACUACCAUCAUCGCCCCGUCAAGCGUUUGUUUUGUAACAUUGGACUCAUGGGACCCCAGAUAACGACGAAGGCCCGCUGGAAACCGUAUCGCUUUGCAACUAACCCUGCCGGCACCUCGAAGGCCGAGCGAAUGUAUCAGAGAGACAAGACUGUGUACACACAUGGGCACAACGAUUAA